AGAUUUAACAUUGAUUAAAUAAGCAAAACAAAACGGCAUAAGCUGACCAUGAGGCGUUUACGGGGCUCCAUAAGUGCCAAACUACCACAUAUUGAUGUUACAAAAACAGCCUAGCUAAUCACUUUACGCCAUGUUGAUGUUUUGUCAGUUUAUGACAGAUUAGAGAGGAAUUACUUCCGGCGGAAGAUUAACCUUCACAGACUCAGUAAACUGAUGAUCCGGACUUCAGGAGUUUAUUACUUAGAACCCGGAGUUGGUACCGAUGUGAGUUCGGCACCGAACCCAAACUACUCCUGGUACCACUGCGAGGAGCCAGUCGGACAUCAUGAGGGAAGAUGAAGCCGUCCGGCCCGCUCCUCCUGCUGGUCCUCCUCGCCGCGGCCGAGCUGAGCCGGGCCCAGUUCAGGACGUCCCUCCUGGAUCUGUCCGGGAUCCUGCCGAGCCUGAGCCGACCGGCCAACCACAGCCGCAUCUUCUACGCCGUGAUGUUCGACGCGGGGAGCACGGGGACGCGCAUUCACGUCUACACCUUCAUCCAGAGCAACUCGGAGCCGCUGCCUGUUUUGGACAAUGAGAUGUUCCACUCCAUAAAGCCGGGUUUGUCAGCGUACGCCGACUACCCCGAAACGGCCGGUGAAACGGUGAGGAUGCUGUUGAAGGUCGCCAAGAAGACGGUUCCUCGUCUGGACUGGAAGAGAACCCCGCUGGUCCUCCGAGCCACAGCCGGACUCCGCCUGCUGCCUGCGGCCAAAGCCCAGGCGCUUCUGGACCAGGUCCAGCUCGUGUUUGACGAAUCCCCGUUUCUGGUGCCAGACAACAGCGUCAGCAUUAUGAACGGCACAAACGAAGGCAUUCUGGCUUGGAUUUCUCUGAACUUUCUAACAGGUCAUCUGAACGCUCACGCCACGAAGACUGUGGGAAUCCUGGACUUGGGAGGAGGAUCCACACAGAUCACGUUCCUGCCCAAACUGAGGAAAACGAUCGAGAGCGCUCCUGACGGCAAUUAUGUUGCCAGGUUUGAUUUCCUCAACUCAACGUUUGAGCUGUACACUCACAGUUAUCUUGGAAAUGGACUAAUGGCCGCCCGUCUCUCCACCCUGGGUGCUCUGGGCGCAGAAGGGUUGGAGUGGCAGGUUUUUAAAAGCCUUUGCCUGCCGAGUAAGUUCAGGGACGACUGGAGCUUCGGAGGUCUUACCUACCAAGUGAGCGGAGAGCAGGACGGUCGUGCGGGAUACAAGCCUUGCUAUCAGGAAGUCCUCAAGGUGGUGAAGGGGAUUAUUCAUCAGCCGCACGAGCUCGAAGACAGCAACGUGUUCUACGCGUUCUCCUAUUACUUUGACAGAGCUGUGGAUGCGGGCCUUAUCAAUAAUGUCCAAGGAGGAACGGUGCGGGUCAGAGACUUCAAGAAGAGAGCGAAAGAGGCGUGCAAUAAGAUGAGCGAGUUCCCGGCUGUCAGUCCUUUCCUGUGCAUGGACCUGACCUACAUCACUUGUCUGCUGAAGGAUGGAUUUGGCUUCAAGGACAGCACCGUCCUGCAGUUAACCAAGAAAGUGAAGAAUGUGGAGGCUAGCUGGGCGCUAGGUGCCAUGUUGGACCAUUUUCACAAGCUGACGAUCCACUAAGGAGCAGUAAUGAACAGAGGUCGAUUUAUACGGUGCUCGCCUUCAAACUGAUUCCGUUUUUACCGCCUUUUCUAACCAGCUGUUGAGACAGAAAUAACUUUGGCUGACUUUAAACACUCAGGUGUCAAUAUAUUCUGCUGUAAAUCUGCAUUAGCAAGAGCGGGUGAAGCACUGGAUGCUGUCAGCUGGAACUGGACAAAACUAUUUUAGCUUCAUAUAGAUGUUUACUACAGGGGGCUUUGGCUGUUUGUGCAAAACAUGAUUGUUUUUAUUAAAAAGAGUAAAUUUUUUUUUUUUACCAUAAAAAUGGUACGUGUGUUACAAUGCAAGUGUGACCGUCGGAGCAGCCACUGAGGUUAGUGAGUAAUCGUUUUCACGUCUGCAAGCGUUGCUGCAUUUCCUCCGUCGUAGCUUUAUAAUCGUUUCCAACCCGUUUCUGCAUUUCUUUGGGAGCAUUUGCUUUUAGAAAUCAUGAUGGCGGGGGGGGGGGAAUGUGGCUCAUACAAACACCACCAUGUCACACGUGUCAAAAUAAAACUGUUUGCUAAUUACAAAUA